AUGAAUCUCGACACAUCAGUGGGCAACUUGGACGUCGCCGAUGCCGAAUAUGUUGCAAUUAUCGUAUCAGUUACCGUAUACGGCUCGAUAACGGCCAUUGGACUAACGGCAGUCACCGUAUUUCUCGCUGUUCAGAUCAAAGGACGCUCGACAUUUAAUGAGUUCCCUUUCUUCUCAAUAGUGUGGUACUUGACGCUGAUAAAUCUAUUAAAUUUAAUAACACAAGCCACCUGUAUAUUCCCGUGUAUGCUCGUCGAAAUUCCGGACACUGGCCCGCUGGCCGUUUGGCAACAAGUUGGUGUUUGUCUCAACGAUUUUACCGACCAGGCCAUUAUGUAUCUUACACUACUCAUGGCCAUCAACCGUUUUGCCGUAUUCGUGUGGAAAGAUCUUCAAGCCGUUUUUUCGACGUAUCACAUCCGAAAAGUCAUAUGGCUUACCAUACUCAUUGUUAUUCCGUUAACGACAUAUCGCCAGAUUUUCGGCACGCGGAAGAAGUAUAAUAAGAAAACCCUAAACUUUGACGAUGUCCUGCUGACCCAGUCUUCCGAUAUAUUAAUCAACAUUAUUUCCGUAUCUUUGUAUACGUUGCCAUUGGCCAAUUUAAUUAUAUACGUCAUUAUUUAUGGGUUUAUCAGGAAACAGAGGCGUCAUUCAAUGUACCAAAGCAACGAUAAUGACAUCGCGUUGCUAUAUCAAGCGAUAACUGUUAGCUUCUUCCUCGAGCUGACCCGUGCCUUUUCCGUGUCAGCACCAAUGCUCAAAACGGACACCUGGGUCCAAUGGGUUCUAAAUAUCACCCGAAGCGUUUGCUCCGUCUGCAACCAUUCCAUUAAUCCGAUUCUAUUCAUGACCACAAAUAAAACGGUGCAGCGUGUCCUGAAGGGGAUGUUGCCCCGGAUUUACGGCGUGCUGCAGCAAUCGACGUCUGAUAAUUCCGGGAUUCCUGAAAAGGGCGAUCCAACGCCUCCGACACCCUCACCUGGCCAUAUUGUGAUGACGUUG